GACCUGGGGCCAGAGCAGAAGAGGGCAGGCACAGCGUGUGCUCCUGGGGUCCUGGGCCCCUCUGAAGGGAGCGGCGUAGGUUCCCCACACCGGCUUGCAGAUUCGGGACGGUCGCCCCGUGCUGGGCCAGAACAGAGCUUGGCCAACGCAGACGUGGUGAGCAAAGCCCCAGCCACCGCCAUCCUGCUCUCACGCUGGGCUGCGGCUUCUGUCCUGUGCAGCAUCUUAAACCUCAGAACCCAAGGGCCGCGAGUCCCGUAUGUUUGUACGUGUGCGGGACCUUUGCCGCCGACAGGGGCCAUGGCCGAACACUUUAAAGAAGUAAGCAGGUGUCUCGUGUGCCUGGCCUACCUCGAAACGCCCAUGUACCUGAAAUGUGGCUACGUCUGCUGCCUGCAGUGCCUGGAUUCGCUGCAGAGGGAGCCCGACGGGGCGGGCCUACUGUGCCCCUCCUGCUCCGUGGUCUCUCAGAAGGAGGACCUCAGGCCCGGAAGCCAGCUUGGGAGCCUGGUUGCAAAGAUCAAGGAGUUAGAGCCCCAGCUGCGAGCUGUUCUACGGAUGAACCCAAAGAUACGCAAGUUCCAAGUGGACGUGACCUUGGACGUUGACACGGCCAACGGCUACCUCGUCAUUUCUGAGGACCUGAAGAGUGUCCACUGCGGGUAUUCCAGACAGAACCGGACGCCCCGGGCCGAGAGAUUCGACUACGCCCUCUGUGUGCUGGGCUCCCCUGGGUUCUCCUCUGGCCGCCACUACUGGGAGGUGGACGUGGGGACCAGCAAGGAAUGGGACGUGGGUGUUUGCAGAGACUCUGCUCGUCGGCAAGGGCCGGUUCUGCUGUCCUCAGAGUUUGGCUUCUGGACGGUGGGUCUGAGGACAGAUCUCUUCCAAGCCGGCACCAUGCCUGUGACUGUUCUCUCGGUGAGCCCCCGGUUACACCGCGUAGGGGUCUUCCUGGAUAGGAAUUUUGGCACUGUUUCCUUUUACCACGUUAGCGACGGAUCCCACAUUUUCACAUUCACUGAAAUUCCUGCCGCGGAGACGCUGCGUCCGUUUUUUGCUCCUGGGAAUCCGACCACGGACGGGCAAGAAGUCCUGAGAAUCUGCCCUGUGAGGAGCCCAGGCGUUGCCAGCCACCCCGCGGGUUCUGGGCAGGGCAAACGAACCUCCGAUACAGAACAUUUGUAG